CGGCCCUUCGCAUUGAGCUUUAGCAUGCAACUAGCUUCUUACAAUAAUAUAUAGAUAGAUAUAUAGUAGCAUAUCAUCACGACUAUUAUUAUGCUAUGCAGGCAGAUCAAUUCUUGCAUUUGUUGCAGCUACAUGCGUCAUGCGUGUGCAUGGGAAUGGGAGGUGUGAAUUAGACCCAGCAUGUUGCGACAAAAGACUUUCUUUGUCCCUCUAUAAAUACCAUCAGCCAUCCAAAUCCUCGGUUCGAAGCAACACAACUAAGCAGGAUCGACAACUAAGCUAGACGACGUUGGUCAUCAGUCAUCACCUGGCUUGAACAAGAGUGUAGCAAGAAGCGAGCUGUGCGCUGCGGCUGGGAGAGAAGCUAUCAUGUCGUCUUGGACCUACUGUGAGAACGCGCUGUUCGAGCGCGCGCUGGCCACCUACGACCGGGACACGCCCAGGCGGUGGGAGCUCGUGGCCGCCGCGGUGGGCGGCGGGAAGACCGCCGAGGACGCGAGGCGCCACUACGCCCACCUCGUGCUGGACGUCGGCGACAUCGAGUCCGGCGGCUACGACAACCCGAACCCCCGCGGGCCCGCCCCCACCAACAGCGGCGGUGCCAGCAUCAGCGGGAACGGCAACAACAGGGGCGGCGGCAGAGCCAACCGGCCCCAGACAUGACGGCCUCCCGCCUCCCGGAAAACUACACCAGCAUGCCGUGCGUGCAAUGAUACUAUGAUAGCGUGAGUCAUCAGAUAUAUAUGUAUGCAUGUUAUGUUCGUGUGCGGUGUGCGUGUGUGUAGAUAUAUAAUAAUGUACAGGCAUGCAAGAGUGUGUGCAUGUGGUGUUGUGCAGACGCCGUCUGUUCAGUCAGUGUGCGUACUGUACUACUGUGAGUGCGAGGCCGGAUGAGCACACGGGCGCAUAGCCUGCUAGCUAAUCUAGCUCCCGACACCAAGGCUCAAAACCUAAGGUCUAAUUUUUAUAGACUAUUCGCUUAUUAA